CUUUUUGUUUUGUAAUAUUCUUAGCUCUUUCAGGUGUUGCAGUGUGGUUGGUCAUGAAAAAAUCUCUCUUCUUAGAACUUUGGACUUGCAGCAUUUAUAAGGAUUGCAAGCAAGCAUAGAAGUUCAGAGUUGGAAAAAGAAGUUUAUAGAGGAGAGAGAAUGAAGAGUCUCGUCGCGUUUUUUCUUGUUCUUGCUGUGAUCUCCAGCGUUUGCAAUGCGCAAGAUUUGAGUUUCACAGCCACGACUCCCAGCCUCACCAAAGGCAAGCCAAACACCUUCAUUGGAACCACUGGCGAUCAGAUCGCGUCGUCUCUUCUCGCAUCAAAGACUCCCGCAAUGCUUUGGGGCUCGGUUCCCGCGAGUGCAAUCACCACCAUCUGCCAGAAGAUUGUCCAGACUGGAAGACAGGAAUACACUGCAAAGAUAGAUGGCGACUGGGGAGGAUCCGAGACCCUCACGUUAAAGGUGGUCGCAACCGGUGGCUGUGGUGCCGCUCCAGAUUCAUCCGGAACGCAGUUCGUGUUCACAGACAACUAUGGCCGCAAGAGUGCUAUUGUUUGCCCAAGCAACGCUGGAGGAACUGGCUGUGGUGUGUACAUGACCGGCAGUGACGUGGAAAGCCUCUACAAGAAACGCUUGGAACUCGAGCAGCAACUACUGUUCACAAACUCUUCUGGCGAUCAUCAGGCAGCUCGAAGAUUCUUGCUUGGUGACUGCAAAGAAGAAGCAGGGAAAGGAGCAAUCGGAGGUGCAAUCACGGGAGUGUUGGGAACUGGAGGUUGCUUGGGACUGGGACCAUUGGCACCUUUCUGCAUCGCUGGCGUUUUGGGAGUGAGUGCUCAGCUUGGCGCGGCUGCUGGCUGCGUGAGUGCGUGCUUCCCUGGAGAUGCAACGGUGCAAACUUCCACGGGCGAGACAAAGACGAUGAGCCAGCUCCAAAUCGGUGACAAGGUUGGGACGCUCAAGAACGGGAGGCUCGAGUUCAGUGAAAUCUAUGCUUUCGGCCACCGAGACUUGGGGCAGAAGAGUGACUUCGUCAACCUGGAACUAUCCCACUCAAAGACCCUUGAGCUCUCGCGCCUGCAUUUCGUGCCAACGCUGCUCAAAGCUGGUGGAGUCAAAUUCAAGCGUGCGCAAGACGUUCUUGUCGGAGAUGUGUUGACCGCUUCAUCGCCCACCAACAAUUCGAUCAUGACUCCAUUCCCAGUCACACGAAUCUCGAUCGUUACAAAGCCCGGCCUCUAUAAUCCAUUGACUCUCCAAGGAACUAUCGUCGUCAACGGAGUCGCCGCCUCGGUCCACAGCGACUGGUUCCUGGAUGCCCUGUUUGACGCGCUCGGCCUCACUGCUUACCUCCCAGCGGCAUACCAGGCUAUCCUCUCCCCAGCGCGAUUUCUCUACACACUCCUCGGCCAUGAUUCAUACCUCGCGCUCUACAACUGGAUCGACGCCAGGAUCAAUGUCGCCGAGUUCGGCACUGAAAAUGGCGGCAAGAUUGCAGCGGCGGCGCUGCUCGCCAGUGGAAUCGCGUCCCUGCGAUUGCUCAAGAACCCUAUGUGAAAGGGUACCGGUAUUUGCUGCAGCUUGGAAACUGGAUCUUAGCUUAAACGACGGAGAAUAAGAAAUCAUGCUAAAGCUUUCUUCUGACAGAGUGAUAUAAAUAAAAUCUCAAAACAAGAAACAAGAUCUAUCUUGCAAAUUAA